UGCAAAUUAAAAACCAACCAACGAGCAGAGCUUAUUUGAUGAACAGUUCUAAUUUCCCCCGUAUGGGGGAAAACCCCGGCGGUGUAGCCGGGGAAAAAAUUAUGGUAAUGGAAAGGAUGGAGGAGGGGAAAAGCUUCCAUGGAGUGUCCCCAGUAUUAGUGGAGAAAACAAUCCAGAGCCACUGUGGGACAAUAAUUGCGGCUAAAAAAACGAGAGAAGGAAAAAUAUUUGUAACAGUGAGGAAUGAAAGUCAGGCCAAAAACCUGGCUAAAAUUGAAAAACUAGUGGACGGAAUUACGGUGAAGAUUUAUGAACAUAAAUCAUUGAACUCCUGCAAAGUGGUAGUGUUCUGCCGAGAUGUGAAAAACGAUACGGACGACGCAAUUCGAGACAUGUUGUCAGAUCAAGGCGUGUUAAAUGUAAAGCAAAUUACGAAGGGCGCGGAGGACAAUAAAAUUCCUACCGGCAUUUUCGUGAUAACCGUGAAAGGAACCAGGCCACCUAAAGAAUUUAAAUUGGGUUACCUCCUCUUGCAGACAAGACCAUGGUACCCUAACCCGCUAAGGUGUUUCAAGUGUCUCAAGUUUGGACAUACUAGCAUUAGCUGCCCGGUCAAGGAUAAAAAGUGCAGUAGGUGCAGUGAAGUCUACCAUGAAGAAUGUGGCAACGUAGCAAAAUGUAUUAAUUGUGGUGGUGGGCAUGGUGCAUUUUCCAAAGAGUGCCCAGUUCUGCAAAAAGAAAAAUCUAUUACGAAAGUGAAAGUGGACAGAAACAUUUCGUUUUGGGAAGCCAGAAACAUUGUUGAAUCAGAGAGCAAAACAGCUUACUCAGAUACAGUGAUAUCAUCAGUUGAAGAAGAUGUUAAAAAACUUACUAAUGAAAACAAAGCCUACGUAGCUAAAAUCAACGAGCUAAAUGAAGAGAAGAAAAUGUAUGCUGACACCUUGAAAGCUAAAAUGGAAGUACAAUUCGAGACAAAGCUCAUGCAAUACAAAGAAGAAUUGAUCAAAUGUUGCCAGGAAAAUGAAAAAAAAGUGACGGAAAUGCAAACAAAAAUUGAGGAAAUGCAGGAGACGUUAGACUCAGUUCACAAAGCAUACAAGGAAGAAAAAUAUAGAAGAAAAAUUGCAGAAAAAGAGGCGGAAAAACUCAAAGAAGAUUGCAACAAGCUCAAAAACCUAUUGAAAUCAUACCAACAAAAAAUAGCCCCCAAACACACAAGGAGUCUGGAUAACACCUUGCUCUCACCACCUAGGAAGAAAAAAGGAAACACAUCAAUGCAACCAUGUGAACAGAUGGAGUUUGUUGAAUCGGAUUCAGAACAAUCCAUAGGAUCUACCCACCAUGACGAUAAUAUGUAG